UGCGCAAAUUAACAUGUACUUCAGUUCAGUGAUUGCGUCAGUUAUAUACUGUACUACAGCACACCUAACUGGGUAUUUCGUCGAGCUACCAGUCGUAGGAAGACGACUGAUUGUGAAGAAGAUACUAUGGCGGUACAUACUAGUACGACGACGUUGCUGAUGCUAUCCCUGAUGUGCAUUGAGGGGAUAUCUGCUCAAACAAGCUCCACAGUUGGUGUGAGUAGUGCCGUUACCAUGGCUACCACUCCAGGUGUCAAUCAACCCACUAGCUCAGACACACCCAGUUCAGCUUUCCCCAGCACUGCCGAUGCCAUGACGUCACAGAUGCUCAGCACUGCCGAUCCCAUGACGUCACCCAUCCUCAGCACUGCCGAUCCCAUGACGUCACCCAUCCCCAGCACUGCCGAUGCCAUGACGUCAGACAUGCCCAGCACUGACAAUCCCGUGACGUCAGACAUGCCCAGCACUGUCGAUACCAUGACGUCACGCAUCCCCAGUACUGUAGGUCUUGACACUACAACAGUGAACACAGGAGCAUCUGGAACCGUUCAUGUUACCUCAGUAACCAUGACUACAGGCGCCAUGGAAACGACCACAAGUCUGGAGGUCAAAGCAAACACCACUGCAGCUCAAGAUGUGAUAGACCCAGAGACGUUGGCCAACCAGCAAAUAGGAACCAUCAUGGCGCUGAGCCUGGCUAUUCCUCUGAACUCCCUCACCGCUAUCACACUGGCUGUGUUCAUUGUAGGCAAGAGGAGAAAGCGCUUGGCCAAGGGAGAUGAUCAGGCCAAACUGGAGAGUGAGGAGAUGAAACUGGAGGCUGAGGAUGAGAAGAUCGGCGGGGGUGUGGACAACAGAGGCUUCGCUGUACAGGAGAAAAACGGCAAGGCUCACAUGACCGGAAACGGUGAUCUGUCCGAUAUGGAAAGCACCAAGCUUUGAGACAAGAUUCCUUUCAUUGGUAUUCUAAAGUUUUCCAGUUUGUAACUUCAUUAAACGUUGGCAAUUAUCGAAAGCAAAAUUGACUGAUAUUUUGAAAUGGGAGAGGUUCUUUCAAAAUGAAACUGAAUACUUGUUACCAAAUCUGGCAUAUUUGAUUCAUUUGCCAAUGAACAAUUUUUUGGGAUUUCUCUACUUAGUUUAAUUCUUCACUGUGAGAUAUUUCUAUAAGUUUCAUCUACACCUUAGGCCAGCUCAGUCAUAUAGGCCACACGGACUCAAUUUUGUGGAUGACAUAUGAUAAAUAUUUGACAUGUGAGUGAUAUGAUAAACGAUAUAUUCCUAUUGGUACUCUCUCUUGGUUAUAGACAUGGCCGUAUGCCCUUGGUACAUCUUGGUCUGGUGUCCAAAUGUCUGUCAUGCAAGCAUAUCAACAGUAGUUCACUCCUAGGUGAAAGGUUAGGGUUGCCAUAGAAAGACGGAUAAAGCUUCCAAGCAGAUGUUGACUUCAGAGCUAGGUGAAAUCGUACUAUUUUGGUAAUAUCCAGAAUGUCAUCCACUAAAUCAAGUCUAAGAAUUAUUUUCUGUCGUAAUGAUGUUGCAAUGAUGAAUGUGGAGUGAACGAUUUAAAGGCACUUUGAUGGAUCGAGAACGUGUAUGAUCACAGAAUAAAGGUAAUGCAAAAAGUUGAUGUGAUAGGAGAGAACAUUUUAUUGUAUUCCUUUCACCUUCCAACAGUGCAAAAAGUGUUGACGGUAUUGACAGAAAUUAUCUGUUUUUGAAGCAAAAUGACGAGUCACGGUGAUGCUUUAUAUAUCGGCAACUGACAACUGAAUACAGUGAAUGUGAGUGCAAUGCAAUAUCUCAUUAUUAUGAUUUAUCCAUAUGUGAAUUCGGCUUUCAGCUUGUAGAUGCUGGUCUUUCUCAAAUAACGCUAAUUGUAUUUCAUAUAAAACACAUUGGUGUAUGUUAUGGUGUACUGGUUUAAUUUUGUUCAAUGAGUUGUUCAUUUUUAAUACAGGGAUGUCGAAAAUGUUGUUCAAUUGUUGUUGUAAUAAACCACAGGUAAAACCACCUGAGCUGUUUCAGAAGUCAUUAAUCGGUUGAACAACAGUCUAUAUCGAGUUAUAUCAACAUAUGUCAUUUUUGGAAUACUGCAUUGUAUGCCUGGUAGGACAACAUCUCAUUGUCUUGUAACCAGCUGGUCACGAUAGUAACCUUGUGUCUUAAACAGGGAAAUUAUCAUACAAUAUUGAUAAUAAAUUUAGUUAGUAAAGA